CUGAAAUUUGAUUGGUGGUAAUACUUAUCAACAGUUCAGUCAGCAGGAUACCAGGAAAUGGCUAACAAGUCCGAGUUCUCUGAUUCCAUCGAGAAAACCUCCCGAAAGAAUCGCAUCGAAUUAACGGAAGUUAACUGUCCAGUUUCAUCCGAUAAAGAAGAUGAUGAUCACAUUAUUCUAAAACUGGACGAGAAAAUCGAAUCAGGUGCAGAUUUUGAUACUACAAAGGGCACCAAAACCAAGAUAGUGGAAAGGGUUAAGAAGAUAGAUCUUGAGGAAGGGGAAGUUAUUUCAGAAAGAACAGCUGACACUAACGUGGAUUGUCUUUCUGGGAAAAAUAAACCUAACGGAAGAAAGCUCAGCAAGAAUUCUCCAAACACGGAAGGCAGUAAAACUUCAGGGACAUCCCAGAAAGUUCCAGAUCAAUCUCUCAAUAAAGUUCGAAUUGUGUCGAAUCAUAUUUGGGUAUCUAAUAUCCACCGGAAUGUUAAAGCAGCUGAUCUAAAAGCAUUUUUUGGGAAGAUUUCUAAAGUUUCUAAAGCGAAAAUUCUGACAAACGGAAAACAUUUUUACGGUUAUAUCACUAUGGAAAACGAAGCAGAUGCAUCUAAAUGUAUACGUCAAUUAAACAAUAGUGAGUUUGAGGGCCACACAAUUGUAGUUACUAAAAAUCGUCCUGAUAUGAGAGAUGCCAAAGUUGCAGUAAAAAAAGCUGAAGUAACAAAGAUUAAAGUAGAGAAAGAGGAUAAGAAAGAGAACAAGGUUCUAUUAUCAAAUAUUUCUCCUGGAACAUCUUUCAUGGGUACGAACACCAAGGAAAAACAGUCCGACCAAGAAAAUGAUCCCGAUGUGAUAUCAAUUUCCUCCGAUAAGAUAUCCGACACCAGAGAUUCUGCUGAACCGCCAAUGAAACUGCCAGGGAAAAUAAUGGCAAAAUCAAACGAUAUUCGCGGACGGGAUGAUCAAUUCAAAAAGGAGAAGAAGGAGCGGGCCCCUUUGACAACUUUGGAUGCGAGAAAUUCGGCUUAUAAUGUUGAACAGACGAGAACAAUAAAUGAUCUGAGAAAGAAGAUAAAACUGCUUUUUUGUGAAAAUGACGAUUUGAAGCAUAAACUUGAUGAUUAUCAGCAACGCUACGCUGCUAUGCGUAAUAGGUGCACGAACUUGGAAAAAGAUUUGAAGAGAUCACGGUUGGAAAACCGCGAAGAUCGUCAACGCUUCAACGAAGAAAAAGAAAGUUUCGAAAAGAAGAAGAAAUCCGAACUAGCUCGAAUUGAGGCUGAUAGGGCAGCCGUUCUUAAAGAACUCGCAGAGAAUAGAAAACUCAAAGAUCAACUCAAAUCCAAAGUGGAAGAGCUUCGAGCUGCUCACGCGAAAGUGUCAAAGAGAAGUCGAUCCCCGGCGCCUAGAAAUGCACGCAGUCCUUUCCCGAUGAGAAGUAGCUCAAGUAGUCAUUUUAGAGGCGAGAGACAAGAGAAAAGACCAAGGUAUGAUGAAGUGUCUCGAGUCAGAACUCCGUCUCCUCCCAAGUACAUGGCAGAUGCUGGAAGGAAGAGAAAUAAUGAAAAUGUUCAAAUUUUCUACAGCGAAUCAGUCAAGCGACCAUCUGCUGUGGAGCAUCAAUUCGAUUAUAGACGCAAAACUUUGGUGAGACCUUCUGAAGAAACUGCUAAAAAUGAGUGGACAGGUUAUUUCCAGAAAGAACCACGACGCAGCAAUGCAAUUCCUGCUUAUUCGGGCAAUAGUAGAUAUGGUGCUGGAUUUCCACAGACAGGUUCAAAUAUCAGCGUGCCUCUCAGAGGUCCCCAUAAUGCUCAUUACUUCCCACAGUGGUGAAUUUGCUAUUUAUUCUUGUUCGUUUGCAGUUUGAUUAUUUUUGAGAGUUUUAUAUUUUUUUGCGUUUCACUUUGGAAUUUUCUUGGGAUCUAGUUGAAUAUUCCGUUUCGAUUAAAUAUUGUCAGAUAUAAUUUGAAAUAUAUCUUAAAUUGAAUCAGAA